AUGGAUAAUAAGGACCUAGAAUUCUUUGAAUAUGUCGGGAGCCCAGAAGAAACAGAUAUGUGUGCCUCAGAAGAGGGGUCGAAGAAGGAUGUUUACAAAGUCAACCACCCAGUGGUUAUUAUAUCACGUCCGAGAAUUAAUGAAGUCGGGGCACAAGUUGCACCAAAGGUCAUAUUCCAGAAGCCCAUUACUUUCCCUUAUAAAGAUAGAAAAAGGGUACCGUGGAACUAUAGCUGCAAUGUGACGAUCCCAAGAGAGGAGAUCCCGAUUAAUGCAUCAGAGAAAGGUCAAGACGAGGGUUUUUAUACGAGCAGUAGAAGGCGUUAUGAUACCCCAAAUACAAAAGUCGAGCAUGUUAAAGGAAAAUCAUUGGCAAUUGAACAAAAGAAAGAGAAGUCGGCGGGACUUGAACCGACUGUUAAUGAAUCAGUGACAGAAAAAAAAGUCAAGGAAUUCUUAAAAUUUCUAAAGCACAGCGAAUAUAGUGUCAUGGAACAAUUGCACAAACAGCCAGCUCGUAUAUCGAUACUGGCCUUACUCUUAAGUUCAGAAACCCAUCCUAGUGCAUUGAUGAAGGUGCUAAAUGAAACUUAUGUUGCUAACGAUAUUUCUGUAAACAAAUUGAACCUCUCAGUCAACAACAUAAGUGUCGACAACUUCAUAUUCUUCAAUGAUGAUGAAGUACCGCCAGGAGGCAGAGGAUCGACUAAGUCUUUGCACAUCACGGCUCGCUGUAAAUGGUAUACAUUACCGGGGGUAUUGAUUGACAAUGGAUCAGCCUUAAAUGUCCUACCGUUAUCUACGCUGAACAGACUGACUGUAGAUAGUUCUCAUAUAAAGGUCUGCCAAAACAUAGUGAGGGUAUUCGAUGGAACAGAAAGGAAGGUAAUGGGCAGAAUAGAAAUACCCCUUCUAAUCGGGCCAAGCACGUACGAGGUAGAUUUCCUAGUCAUGGACAUUAAGCCUUCGUAUAAUUGCCUACUGGGGAAGCCAUGGAUACACUCAGUAGGGGCAGUCCCUUCAUCGCUACACCAAAAGUUGAAAUUGGUAACCGAAGGUUGGUUGGUAACGAUCAAUGCUGAAGAGGACAUCAUCACAGCAGUAACCAGUGAUGCCCCAUAUCUAGAGGCAAAUGAUGAAACAAUCGAAUGCUCUUUUCGGUCUUUAGAGUUUGUGAAUGCGACAUUCAUUACCGAAGGAAAUAGGAUUCCAAUACCCAGGUUAUCUGAGACUACAACAGUGAAACUACGGCUAAUUAUUGGGAAAGGGGCUCUACCCGGAAGAGGACUCAGGAGAUACCUCCACGGAAGGAUUAAUGCACCAAUGAUGAAGGACGAACAAGACAGUUUUGGGUUAGGAUUUAAGCCAGACACGAAAUAA